AUGCUUCCUACCACCACCAAUGACAGAAAAUCCGGAAGCGGCCUCACCAACAAAAGAUGGCUAUUGUGCAUCGGUAUAUGUGGCAGUCUCUCAGCUGUCUUUCUCAUAAUCGGUCUCGCUACCUCGAGAAAUAUACCCCCAACAAGACCAUGGUGGGAUGCCGAAACGGUCAAGACCCAUUAUUCAACAUAUCGGAAAGGCACUCAAGCUGGAAGUAUCUUCUUCUUCGUGUCCGGUGCCCUGUUCCUCCCUUACUCCGCUGCAAUCACCAGUCAGCUUCGACUUAUCCCCGACCUCAAUCCAGCCAUUGCAGAUCUUCAGCUAGCCAGCGCGACAGCCGGUGUCUGGUUCUGGAUGAUAUCAGCGAUCUUCAUGUCACUGUUGAGCUUCCGUGACUACAGCGCUGAAUUGGUACAAUUGCUCAAUGAUGCCAUGUGGAUGUCACUUCUGCUGAACUGGCCCAUCUUUUGGAUGCAGUUUUGGACCAUUGCUUGGGCAAUUUUCGCAGACCGUAGCGCCAACCCGGUGUUUCCAAAGAUUAUGGGAUGGGUCAAUUUUAUUGCUCCAUUGGUGCUUGUGCUGGGGUCGGGGGUUCACAUGCACCAUACCGGCCCUUUGGCCUGGAAUGGUGGGUUGGUGUUUUGGCCCACCGUUGUUAUUUUUGGAGUGGAGAUGAAUUGCUCUUGUUGGUAUAUGAUACGGAAUAUUCUACGGGACCGGUACUAA